AUGUUGGGACAACAAGCCGCAUCACGAGAUGGCGUUUCAGGUGCAUCAGCGCCUCCACCUGUUGCUCGCAUUUACACUGUUGUUGAAAAAUUGGGAGCAAAUAGUAGCCUUCGUGGAACCACUUCUACCACGACACAGAACCUUACCGUUUCGAUCUCGAAGCCACUGCCUCACUUUGUGCACGAUCUGAAAGAAGCAAUCGCAGCGACCAAAUUCCGUAACCGCGAAGUGCCGCACACUUUGCCCCUUUGCAUGAUCCAGAUUUCGAUCCUGGGUAAUAUCAACAACAGAGCAGACAACAAAGAUGUACUAAAUGGAAAUCAGCAUGCGCCGGCGAACACGACGGAUAUAUCUGCAAAGAUUCUUGAGAGGGGCGGUAGAGAGAGAAGAUGCUUGCACGAUUGUGAGCGGUUGGAUAAACACGGGUUGGCAUCUCUUGAAUUGACGAUUCGACAUGAGCCGUAUCCGAGACACCUCUCAGCGGAGCAAGUUGCUUGGAAAGAUGAAGGAGAACAACAGUGGGACUAUUUUCCGAGCCGGGUGACGGUGAUUGCUCCCGCGGGGGAGCUUUUGUUCAUGGGUCCGCCAGGCACAGUGCCCGAUCGGACCCCCCAGGUGCACCCGUGGCGAAAACAAGGUGAGUACGGCGACGCAUUUGCGGUGAAAACAUUUCAAGAUGAGUCCGGCGAAUGGCUCAACCUACUCCAGGACGAGGAAGUUAGAGUCGAUACUCGUGGAAACAAGCGCAUUGGACAACGCAAUCGCAUCGAAGCGCUCAUAGACCACUGCGCUAAAGUGAAGUCCGUAAAGUCCGCUGCGGCAGCCUGCAAGGCCUUUUUGGCAUCGAAGAAAUUUGUGAACGACAACAACAUCAAGAAGAGUAGAGAAACUAAAAAUGGUCAAGAACAGCAACAAGUGAUCGGGCGUUUUGCCCACGUGAACAGUAUGGCCGGGGCUGCCGACGGUCGAAACCUCGUCCUUCACCUAGGGGGAAAGCACGCGGAGACUCCAGAUGUGAGAGAGCUUAAUAUCAUGGUCGCAGAAGAUUUGAACCGAUUUCAGAAUGCCAUCAACGUGCGAGACAUGUACGGUUCCACGUCCUUGCAUCUCCCGUUUAUCAGUG